CACUAACCCACCUUUGAACAAUCGGCCCCUGCUGUGUUUCAAGACCACUAUAUAUACACAUACGCCAAAAACCGAUGGUUAAUUUUUUCUAAAAUUAUCAUGCCAUCCAAACGUGCACGGUUGACAUCAAUUCAGUUAAACAUUGAACUGUGAUAUUGUAGUGUGUUAUCUGAAGAUAAAGAACGGAUGUUUAAAAGAUUUUUCAUUUAUAUAUCAAUAUUGCCAUGGCACCCCGUCGACGAACACCCACUUCAACUGAAAGACAACUUUCUAGAUAAUUGAAGAAAAUAUUCCUCUGUGACCGUGAUCAGGUUUUUCAAGAUGAAGAACUAAUAAAAGAUGAUGGAUUGGAAAAAUUUAUACUGUAAUGUUGUGUGGGUUUUGUUUUUCACUGGCUUCACAGAAACAUCGUAUUCUUUUCAGCAGGAAGGUAUGGAAUUAUACAGAAAUUAUCUUCAGUUCAUCUGUUGUUAGUGUGGGCAAAUAUUAGACAGAAUCGUCGUUAUAAAUGAUCUGUCUAGAAGUGGUUUAAAGUACAGAAUGAUUCAUCGAAAUCACUCAGUUUAACAAACGUGGCAGGCUAAACAAAUUUAUAAAAACACUUAAUUAUAUUUAUAAAAACACUUAAUUAUAAUGUAAUUAUAUAGACAUGCUCGUUAAAGGACAGAAAUGUGUUAGAAAUGUAUAUGGGCCAGAAUAUUUGUGUAUCAUAAAACUGUUCAUAUAUUGUAUAAGUUGAAAUCAUUCAUAAGUUCUUCAUAACAUGAGAUCAUUUUAUUAAAGAUGGCACAAGUUCAAGAACGCGUGUAUAAGAGUGGAUACUAUAUAGAUCGCAAUUACAGAGAUCCCGUUGCGUGGGGACUUGAAUGAAAUGUGUAACAAACGGGAACCCCGAAACAUAUCACUUUUAGUCCUCUUCCGGUUAACAGAUCUCGAUGUGCUUAACACAUGAAGUAGCCUUGUAAAUACGCACGAUUUUCUCACCAGGGGUGCAAAAUACCUAUAUACUGAAAUAAGUACCAAAUGUCAAUGCAUUUAUAGUCGUAUCCGUUAGAUACAUGCACAUGACUGCCCCAUGCAGAAUCAUACAUCUUAAUUCACAGGAUUAUAAGCACCAUUUGGCUUAAUAAUUUAUAAUAAUUUUAUAAUAUUAGUAAGUUAAUUUUUUAUUUGGUGGCGGUUGUCCCUCAAAGCAUAGCCUAUCGAAGGGAAGAUGACUGUGAAACUCAUUCGAAUAACAAUAUAACUCAUCUAUGUUAGUCAAUGUUUAGUCAUAAAUCUGGUCCUUUCACCGUCACGUGUGUAUUGUAUUUUUGCCCAACUAACCAAUAGCAAUGUUUUAGAAAAGUUACCUAUCCGUGACUCGAACAAUAGGGUAAACUGGAAAUUGCUAUUGGUGGAUUUGGCAACAAUACAUUACACACGUGACGGUGAAGGACCAGAUUUAUGAAUAAACAUUGGCCAACAUAUAUAAUGAGUUAUAUUGUUAUUUGAAUGAGUUUCACAGCCAUCUUCCCUUCGAUGGGCUGUGCUCAAAGUGAAAACCAUUAAUGUACUGCCUCUGCACAAUUAUUGUAACUUAGAAGUAGAUUAAUAUAUCAAUUGGUUCUGGGUUUUUUUGCAGAUUUGUUACAGCUAUCAACGUUCGCCGAAAGUGACCAGCCUCGAAGCCCAAAAUGCAAUGUGAGGAAAGAAUUCACGUUCAUGUCAAUCGCAGAGCGCAUGCGUUUUAUACAAACGUAUAAAACAAUUACCACCAAGGAACCCUAUAAAUCUCGCUAUGAAGCACUGAUCCUUGAUCAUCCCAAGUUAGCCAUUCAUAUCCACACAAAAAAGCAAUUCUUUCCUUGGCAUCGCUUGAUGUUACGAAAUGUUGAGAAGCUUUUGCAGGAGGUAUAUAUCUGCCUAUUUAUCUCUUUGUCUUACAACGCAGCUUCUGACAUUGAGCGAUGUUAUCUAUAAAAGCUGUCGCAUUGCCGAAUUGUGAGCAUGGCCCACGGUUCGUUUUACCGACAUUUUUCAUCCCAUUUCUUUAGUAUUUCAUCCGUAAUUUUUAUGUAUAAACAAAGGUCAGCAGAGUAGAAUCUACACACGUAAAAAUCUCACAACUUGUCAAAAAGAUGUGUUUGCAAAAGGCUUGUAGCAAGCUUGUCAACAAGUUCGGUAACAAUGCUGUUAUUUUAUCAAGUUGCUGCAAGGUUGUUACGCACAACUUGUUAACUUUAACAAGUUGUGGAAUUGCAGGACGAUAACGAGUUGUUGGAACAACUUGUAACAAGUCUGUUGAACUCAACAACCUUGUAACAAGUUGUCAACAGGUCGUUGACAACUUGUCAACAAGCUGGGAACAAGCAGUGCGAACACAUCCUGUUGACAAGUUGUUGUAGCAGCAUUCGGCUACGAGUCUGCUGCAGGUUCGUUACAACUUGUGCGUUUUUACGCGUGUAGGCCAUGCUGACAAUUUCCUUGAGACUACUUUUUAGAUAACAUGGGUCUGUAUCCGAAAUUGCAGCAAAAUUUCCUCGUGUAACAUGGCCUUUAUAUUUUAAGGUUGACCGAAGUGUGACCCUCCCAUACUGGGACUGGAGUUUAUCGCAUCUUUCGCCUUGGAGGACAUCGACGCUCGAUAUAUGGAGUGCGCAACCCUGGGGCCUGGGAGGGAAUGGUGAUGACGUCACUGGGUGCGUGACCAAUGGUCCGUUUGCACGUGACCAGUGGGGAAUCGUGACGGGAAAUGGUGGACGGACGUGCCUGGAGAGAAAAUUUAAUGGUAAGGAAAUACCGUUACGUGUAAAGGCUUGUUUCCACUCAGGAAAAUUAUCCGUGGAUUGAAACGGACAAGAAAGUUUUUCUUUGUCUUGUGAGCUCUGGGUUGGAACUAAUGACUUCAACACAAAGAAAAAUUUUCUUGUCCGUUCCAAUCAACGGAUAAUUUUCCUGAGUGGAAACUAGCCUUUAGGAUGAACACCCGCAGAUAUGAACACGUGGAAAGAGUCAGGGUUCACGUGUUCUUCACUAACAAAAUUACUUAAAACUGGAACUAAUAUCUCACAAAAUAUCUUACUGACUGCUAGCAGUAGACAAAUUUGGCUGUUUACAUCGUUGCUACGCAAUUCACAACUUUAGAUAUAACUCACAUGCCUAGUUACUAUUGUUUUGGUUCACAGAAGCAUAGAAUAGAACAAAGGCAACUAAGCUUUAGAAUUAUGUGUAAGAGUUAUUCACUCGUGUAGAUAAUUCUAAAGCUUGGUUACCUUUGUUCUAUUCUAUGCCUCUGUAAACUAGAGCAAUAGUAACUAAGCAUAUGAAUUAUCUAAAUUUGUGAAUUAGGUAUAAACAAACGUCUCAAAAAACUGCUUCCCUAUAAUUUGCAACCACUGCUAUUUAGCAUUUCAAUGCCUGUGCAACUUUAUUUUUUUCUCUAGGGAUUUAAAAAUACGUUCUAAUUAUCCACGUUAUACUGUACAUCCCCAAGCAUGAAAUUCCUUUCUUUCUGAAUCAUACACCCUGUAUUGUCCUAAUUUCAACUCACAACUGAUAUCUCAGAUUCUUUUACUUCUCUUCUUACUUUGCACCUACUUUUCAUUUUAGGGGUCCUUCCCGGCAUCAUGACCAUCCAUCGUGCAUUGCGGUACGAGCCCACGAACUUCACGCAGUUCGAAGACUACAUUCGUAACUUCAUUCAUGACGUCAUACACUGGAGGAUAGGCGGGACAAUGGGGGAUAAAUACGGCAGCAGAUCCCCUGAGUUCAUGCUACAUCAUGCAUUUUUGGAUAAAAUUUGGUCCGAUUUUCAGAACCAAAGUCCCGAGCAUAAAUGGGCGUUUUUUAAGAAUGCAGAUUACAAAAUUUAUAAAACUACUAUUUUAGCAAGAAAUCUUGUAGAUAAUAACAAUAUUUUAGGUACUAAAAUUUGUUAUAAGGAUCCUUUUGAAAGUUAUAAGAAUACGCAUAAAGCAUUGAGGCAGUACGACUUGAAUACUGUUAGAAAAUUGAUGACAAAGGAAGCGUUUAGCGCGCCAUUUUUUGAAAGUUAUUUUGAUCAUUAGCAGAGGAGUUUUUAAUCAGAAUCGUUAUUUUAUAAAUAGUUCAAUAAUGAAGAAAAAUAUUAAUUUAAUAUUAUUUUAAUUGUGUGGAACUUUUUUUACUUUGAAAUUUGCUGUGUUGGUGUAAUGUAUUCAGGUGAAUAAGAUGCUUGUGUGAUGUUACUCUGAGUGUAUAUCCACACCGGGCAGGCCUGAAAAAAUAUGCCUGGCCACGGUGGGAUUCGAACCUACGACC